UUGUAUGUGGUUGGUUUUGGAAGAGCCAGACUCUCACUCAUGAUCCUUCAAACGUCUUGCACGCAGGUGUCACUUUGAUCGCUAGAAGCUAGACUGCCGGAAAGUCAUCGACCUCGUUCAAAAAAGCUGAGUACACCAGGUCACACGCGCGUCUGGCAUUCGACAUAAGGCUCGGCUGGUAGGCGGACUAAGCGAACGUGUUUCUGACGGGAUGUCCAGGACGGUAUGCUCCUGAAAUGUCAUGUUGAGCAAAUCAAGAAAAGAAGAAAAUAAAAAUAAAAAUAAAAAGAAAGAAAAGGAAAACCCCAAAAGAAGAAGAAAAACUUUGCGGAUUUAUAUUCUUUCGAACGACCAUCAUCUUAUCAUAGGAUAUCAUGUCUUCAUUCAAUACAAGGACAUACUAGGCCAUCUCAAGUACCCGUUUCACCACGGAACAGUGUCUCGGGACCGCGAACUUGCUGCAGAGCGGAGGCAGCAGCAAUAUAUAUCUAUAUUCACAUGCACCCAUCAUCUACUUGUAUGCAGCCCGGAGUUCGGCUACUACUUUGAUCUCGUUCUGGGGAACUGUGCUGCAGGGCUCGAUUCUGAAACGAUAUCGUCUCCCCGAUCCUUACCGUCCCGCGUCAGAGGUGUGCAACUGCACUGCCAACUGCCACCCAACACCUUGGCGGAGCAAUCAGUAUGGUCAAAUGGAAAGGGGGCGGGUCGUGGGGGACCCUUUGGCAGACUGAUCUGUUGGAUGCUGUACCGGCGGUGGUUACCGCGAUAUAUAAGGGGCGGCCCUAUAUAAGAGGGCAGCAUAUCAGAUCUAUGCAUAUAGUUAGAAGACAAGACGAAGCCCAGGCUUCCCUUGCCCCGGG